UCGACGAAAUCACGUUAUCAGAGCGGAAAAGCCGCUCUGUUUUCAUUUAUUAUUUGCUGCCAUGUAAUACUCCGCACUUUGUAAGCCGGUUGGAGAUAUUUUGCAAUAAAGAUGGAUCCACCGAUCAUAAACAAAGGAUCUCCAGCAUCAGAGCCAGAUUCAGCGAGCUCUGAUCCCAAGGCCACAGGACUAGUGCAGACUGAAAAUCCAUCACCAAAUUCCUGCGAGGGGGGUGUAGGGGAUGCCCCAGCCCCUGCACCACAGACAAAGAGUGAUGAGACCCCAUCCAAUGUUAAGACACAGUCAGUUAAACCAAAGAAAUCGGCUAGUACGGGUAAGAAGAAAGGCAAGCAGUCCAAGGGACCCACACUGGAAGAACUGAAGAGAAGAGGACGAGACACCCGCCAGCACCCCCACCAAGAUAAUAUACAGAUCAUGGACAAGAUGGCUGACCUGUCCAUGAAAUCAAUGAAAUUAACAAAUCUGGGUACGGGGUUGAUCUAUGAUCACUUCAUGACCCAGCACAGGUGUGAGUGGGACCUCCUGCACCCUGAAUGUCCUGACAGGAUAACAGAGCCUUAUUUAAGAUGUCUUCAGUAUGGUCUGGUCACCAGAUGUGUACCCAUAUUGCCCAAAAAGUCUGUUGAUGAAGCUGCUCUAAGUCAGCAUAGUCCAGAAUACCUGAAGCUUUUGAAGGACUCUCAGUUCCUUAGUGAGAUCCAGCCUCUUCAAGACCUGUCAGAAAAAUAUCAUGGCAUUUAUUUUAACAGUCCUAAAAUGACUUCAGAGAAAGGGCAUCUCCCUGAACACUUCUUACCAAGGGGGGUCCAGACACUCCAAGACCUCUCAGGGAAAUAUGACUCCAUUUACUUCAACAGCAAAACAUUUGAAUGUGCACAGCUUUCUCUAGGCAGUACCAUAGAAAUGACAGAACAGAUCUUGCAAGAAAAGGUUAGAAAUGGGUUUGCCAUUGUAAGACCCCCAGGUCACCAUGCAAUGUACAAAGAGGCCUGUGGAUACUGCUUCUUUAACAAUGUGGCCAUUGCUGCAAAACGCGCUCUGGACAAGUUUGGUCUGGAAAGGGUGUUGAUAGUGGACUGGGACGUCCACCAUGGUCAAGGCACACAGUACAUGUUCUAUGAUGACCCAAGAGUGAUGUAUGUGUCUAUCCACCGUUAUGAGUAUGGCAAUUUCUGGCCAAACCUUCGAGAGUCCGACUACGACUAUAUAGGAGAGGGUCGAGGUACAGGCUACAACAUCAACAUACCUCUCAAUAAGACUGGUAUGACUAACAGUGACUACAUGGCUGUGUUUCAUCAACUACUCAUGCCUAUAUUCUAUGAGUACAACCCUCAGCUGGUAUUGGUCUCCUCUGGUUAUGAUGCAGCUAUAGGAUGCCCAGAGGGGGAAAUGGAGGUGACCCCAGCUUGCUAUGCUCAUUUUAUCAACAUGCUCAGUGCUCUGGCUGAUGGCAAACUGGCUGUUAUACUAGAGGGAGGAUACUGCCUGAAGUCUCUGUCUGAGGGCGUGGCUCUCACACUGAGGGCUCUACUGGGAGACCCGACACCCAGGAUAGGACCACUACAGCAACCUAAUGAUGUUAUCAAGAAGACCAUACUGAAUGCUAUCCGCGUGUUACGUCCAUAUUGGCAGUGUCUCCAGUUCCAGGGGGUGCUGCCAGUACAGAGUGCUGAGGUAUCCAGUACCACACAGGAAGAUGAACACUUGAGAACUGUGCCGUUUUCCACCCCAGAGAACCGUCCCGAGGUGUACCCAAUAGACGAGUGUUGUUACCCAGUCCAGGAGCCAGAGGUAAAGGCCACCUACAGUGCCAGAAUACAGGAGCUGAUAGAUAACACUUACCUGGGCAAGGCACCACACAGGACAGCCCUGGUCUAUGAUGAAGUCAUGAGGAAACACAAGAACCACGUUGAUCCGGGUCACCCAGAGAGACCUGACAGAAUAACCAAAAUUUAUAACAAGAUUCAGGAGUAUAGGUUGCUGAAACAUUGCCUAAGGGUGGAGUCAAGGAUGGCAACAGAUGAAGAGGUACUGACAUGUCACAAGACAGAACACUUUAAGAAGAUGCAGCAGAUUAAAGAGACCAAACCCAGAGAACUCAAAGAAGUUCAGCUGCAGUAUAACUCAGUCUAUCUAUGUCAGGAGUCCUAUGACUGUGCCCUGCUGGCUGUAGGUAGUCUGUUAAAUGUGGUGGAGGCAGUCUUGACUAACAAGAGUCAGAAUGGUGUUGCUGUGAUAAGACCCCCAGGUCACCAUGCGGAGAUCAACCAGGCGUGCGGAUUCUGUCUGUUUAACAAUGUUGCCAUCGCAGCUCGCUAUGCUCAGAAGACGUUUGGUGUGAAAAAAGUUCUAAUACUGGACUGGGAUGUCCACCAUGGUAAUGGUAUACAGCACAUCUUUGAAGAUGAUCCAAGCGUACUGUACAUAUCAAUCCAUCGCUAUGACCAGGGGUUCUUCUUCCCCGCUGGACCAGAUGGAAACUAUGAUAAAGUGGGAAAUGGAGCAGGCGCUGGCUUUAACAUCAACAUUCCCUGGAACAAGUAUGGUAUGGGUGACGCGGAGUACAUAGCAGCCUUCCUCCAGGUGAUCAUGCCAGUGGCAUAUGAGUUUGACCCAGAUUUGGUGUUGGUAUCCGCUGGGUUUGAUGCAGCAAGGGGAGAUCCCUUGGGUCAUUGUGACAUCACCCCUGCUGGCUAUGGUCACAUGACUCAGAUGUUGAUGAGCUUGGCCAAUGGGAGAGUCAUAUUAGCACUAGAGGGUGGCUACAACCUCCACUCCAUAUCAGAAAGCAUGGCUAUGUGUACCAAGGUUCUCCUGGGAGGAACAUGUCCGCCCCUGGGGUCUCUGGUACCUAAGACAAUGGCCGUAGAGUCCAUAUGUAAUGUGCUGGACACACACAAGAAGUACUGGAAGUGUCUUCAGUUUAGGGUUGAUUUACCAGCCCCAGUUCUCCCAGUGACAGCAGGUGUCCAGAACAAUGCUGUGACCAGUACCUCAGAUAUGGACAGUCUUACCACCGCCAUUGGAGCUCUACAAGUGAAAUAUGAGUCAGUCAGCAGCUCUUCAGAUGGAGGCAGUUUUCUGUCCUCGCCUACAGUGACAUCUAGUGACUGCACGGGAGACUCUCCUCUAGGAGCUUGUGGUGGAUCAGAGGCCAAGAAUUUGACUGUACGCGAGCUACUGGGAGGAGCCUUAGCUGACCAGGAUGACCUGCAGAUGUUUGCUGUAGUUCCCUUGCCAUGGUGCGAACAUCUCAAAAUGGUGGCUCCUCCACCAGAGAGAGGCCUGGACGUGUUCGCAGCAUGCUCCAUGUGUGAAAGCACGAAGGAAAACUGGGUCUGCCUCACAUGUUAUGAAGUUUGCUGUGGAAGAUACGUCAAUGAGCACAUGCUUUUCCAUGGGUUGAGUACAGAACACAAAAUGGUAUUAAGCUAUUCAGACCUGUCAGUGUGGUGUUAUGGAUGUGACGCCUACAUACAUAAUGAGAUUAUAGUGCCACACAAGAGAGCAGCACACAGAAGCAAGUUUGGAGAGGACAUUCCUGGAGUGUGAAAUAAAAAAAAUUGUUUUAUCUGAAAUAUAAGUUUAUUUUUACUCCAAUGUUGAAGAAAAAGAAAUAACUUCUAAUUUCCAUACUGCAAAUCUAGUGGGAAAUUUACAACUGAAUGCUAUUAGGGUCAAACAAAUUGACCAACUUGAAGAUAGUAAAAAUGGGUUUAUUGUAUUUUAUCCUGUACAGGAAACGCUGUUCAUUAAUAUGUUCCAUACCAGAUGUUGUAAUCAAUUUGAAAAUUUGUAUGCAUUCCACGAUUCCAUCAUAAAAACUCUGAGAAAAGAAUAUUAUAUUUUCUUCACUCUAAAAUCCAAAGAAAUAUUAUCUCAAAUUUUUUGACUAGAUAAGGGCAAUAUUUUACACUGUGUGUGUUAUUUAAAAUCAAAUAAUUCUCUCUCCAGACAAAUGUAAUGCUUAGCCAGAGAAAUGUUUUAUGACUUCAAAUUUUGUAGAAGGUUUAAUCUUGUUAGUCAAUUAGAUUAUGUUGAAAACCAGUGAUCAGGUUGAUAAUUAAGGUUGCUAGGUCUCAUUCCCAUUAAAAUUAUUGUUCUAGGUAGAUCAAUCCAACUCAUGCUGAAUGCAGUCACUUUAGCAGGUUAGUAUUGCAUUCAGCAGAGUUGGAUCGAUCUGUGUAGAUCGAUAGUUUUGAUGGGAACGUGUCCAUAGACUCAUGACUGUUACCUCUAAUUUGUACUCUUUUGUUUUAGACACUGUAUUAUGUAAUUGUAGUACAUUUAUUCAGUACCGUUAUUAAUAGCCUUUUCUUAGCGAGUGGUAUACUUGAGCCAUACAGUCUACCUGUACACUUUGACAAGUCCUAGCAUGUAAUUUCGUUACAGGGGAUCUCUCUUUUACAAGUUCCCCGCAAGUGUUGUUGCUGCUACAUGUGCCAGUUUAAAUUAUGUGCACUUUUCUCGGGCUAGAAUCUUGCAAUGAAUUGGCCAGAGACAUGUCUGUGAAUUUCUUGUGAAAAAUCAGUAUGUGAGCCUGGUAGAGUUGCUACAGCUUGGUUAACUUAAUUGAUUGGCGUGUAGGCGAUUCUCUUACUGUUAAAAUUACUAUUAAGUUGUCAAUCUUACAAAUGGCUGUUACAGACUAAUUAUACCACUCAGUGUGAGAAGGGUCUCAUGUUUAUGUAUUGAGGAACUGAUUUUCAAUAUAUAUAUAAUGCUUCUUUUAAAUUUAUCAAUGUGUUUGUUGCGUUUCUUGUACACACUGACAAGCCUGGAUGUUUUGAAAACCAGCUCACAUAUACCUGCCGAUCUUGAAAUGUGUAUAGAAGAAAUACAUUCAAAGGCAAACUGGGAAAUAUUAGCUCAAAACACUAAAUAAAGACCUGAUUUGAU